ACAAAAGUGUCGAUCACAUCGCUAUCCAUUAUGCUGUUUGGCCCUAGUCACUGCGCGGGAGUCCGGGCUCCACAAGAUGUAUCUUAUACCAACAUGAUUUUAUCAGCGAUCUUUAUGACUUUAACAGUCCCAGCCAAUUUACUGGUGAUCAUUGCUGUUCUUAAAGAUCCCUUCAAAGAUCUGAAGAAACCUUUCACCCUGCUUAUUCUCAACUUAGCUAUCACGGACUUAAUUGUCGGGGCCUUGGUCGAGCCGCUGUCGGUUUAUAUACAUUCCCAGGAAGCACAAGGGCUACCUAUCAACAUGGCGUGGCUUUCUCAGACGGCUUAUUUUCUGUGCUGCACUGCAUCCCUGCUCAGCCUUGCGGCCUUGACAGUAGAUCGAUAUCUCGCUAUCGCUAACGCAGUAUGGUACCGUGCGAACGUGAGUAACACGCGCGUGCUGGUCGCUUCCAUUGUUGUGUGGUUGAUGUCCAUUUGUUGUACGUCAAUCUUCUUCGUGGUUGGGUUUAUCUCCUACGCGUUCGUUUUUGCCAACAUCGCAAUUCUUUCAACUUUACUGAUUUUCGUCUUUACGUACGUGCAAGUCUUYAAGACUCUCAAACAACAGCUGAAGGAAAUCACUAAUAUGCAUGGAAACGCAAACGAGAUGCWACGUGCGCAGAAAAGAUCCAUGAUGUGGGAAAGACGCGUUACGCAAGCGUACCURAUUGUUUUGGCGGUUUUCUUAGCGUGUUACGUCCCGUCCUGCCUUAUGAUCUACCUUAUGAACUUGUGCUCUUCCUGUACCUGUGACCAGAUCCAUUGGUUCAGGGACUUGCAGUUCAUACUGGUCACCAUCAACUCACUCCUCAAUCCGUACAUCUACGCUUUCCGACUGAAGAAUCUGCGCCUUGCCGUAAUGAGUGUUAUUACUUCCUCGAGAUGCUGCAGAAGUAAUGUWAUACGUGAUGGAAGUGCCGUGGUCGCUCCAUCUCGAAACCAAGCCACGACAUCGACAUCAGAGGGCCAAUCAAAGAUCCCUACUAACAACCUAAACRUGGAAGCGAAUCGUCCAGAGUCACCGGAGUUUUCUACCAAUGCGUAAACAUACCAUGCACAUAUAUAUUUAAUCCAAGAAUAAGUUUCUAUAGCUAUUUGUAAAUAUCUAGAAGGAAUAGGUUAUUUUCAUUAUAGCYCCAAAGUACGGGCAGAGUUAAUGUGCACUUCUUUUACGACUGCAAACCAAGAGAGAAUAGACCACUCCCGCAUUCGCUUGGAUGAACAAGGAACAAUGRCUUCAUUUCGAGGCURGAGUUUUACCUUUUGUCCAGCCUCGAAAGGAGUGAUUGUUUUGUGUUCAUCCAAGCGAAUGCGGGAUUGSUCUAUUAUUCAAAGGUUUCYACAUGAUACUAUAUGUUCAUAAGGCAAAAGACAAUAGAAAUCAUAACCAGGGUCUGAUUGGGGUUAACCGACUAGCGACAAAUGGACRAAAUAACAACAGACUACCGACAACAUAUUUACUGACUGGCGACAUUUUCCUAAAAAUAGAUAUUUUUAGGCAAUAUUCAAAGAAAUAAGCUUCUACAUUCGAAGUUUUCCGCGGAAAAAUAAAUUUUGCUUCGGAUUGGCUUCUUGAAGUUUUGAUUAGCCACUAACAUCCAAUCGACCAAUCAAGACUCAAGGAUACAACUGUUGGCAUCUUAGAAAGGAUUCUGUUGACAUAACGUACUGUAUUAGAUUUUUUCAAACUUAAUAUUUAUCAACGUUUUUAACUAACCGACUACCGACAAAUGCUUGAAAUUUUAACUGACAACCGACAUUUAGACCCCCCCAUUCAGACCCUGCAUAACCCAUGAAGCCCAUGAAGAUGUAAAUCCACAGAUCGCCCGCUCAUAUUGUACAUAUUACUUACAGAUCGCCAUCUGAUCAUAUUGUAUAUAUUACUUACAGAUCGCCCGCUCAUAUUGUAUAUAUUACCUAACAGCUUUUUUGUUAACAGUGCAGUGAGGAUUCCAGAGUCAAACGAAAAUAUACCUUUUGAUUAUUAUGAUUCUUAAAUUUUUUUGACUCUGAUUUCUACCCCGCGUUUUGUCCUGGAUACUUUAUGCUUUCCAUCACUCGUUCUUGUAAAUAUCAAGUGUCCUAACAUCCAUAUAUUAACCUCUACUUUCAAGAAUAUACAUACUAGGUAAUUUUUGGAUUGUACAGUUUAUGUUAUUGGUACGGUAUUAUUAUUAUGCAACGAACACACGGAAUCCUUAAAAUUAAAGGYCAGUUUUGCAAUUUUGAGAGUAAGRCACUGUSACACGGUACAAGUUUGUUCUUUGCAAACUGUAUCACUAUAGCUCUGGGAGAAUUCACAUGCGAUCGUAGAGUGCGCAUCCCAAGAAAUUCUAAGAAAUCUGUUCUAGAGGCGAGAAUAAAACACUGUAUUGCGAAUAGUGAAAAAAGAAGAAAAAAAAMCCUUGGU